UUAGGGCCUUACUUCUUUUACACAUUGUAUCACAAAUCACAAUAUUACUGCCUCUAUUAGAAGCCAAUGACUCUACAACUAACAAACACUUGUGACGAUAAUGGCAAGGACAAGGUCAACAACAACAAACGCUUGCAGCUUCGUCCUCAAGCUCCUCUGCCUUUACUCCUUGCCUUAUCUCAGUACUUCAACUCCUCUCUUUCCCACAGAAGCCCUCCCCACCAAAUCAGGCUACCUCCCAGUAAAUCCUGCCACCGGUUCUGCUAUUUUCUACACCUUCUAUGAAGCUCAAAGCCCCACUUCCCAUCUCUCCGAAACCCCACUUCUCAUUUGGCUCCAAGGUGGCCCUGGCUGCUCCUCCAUGAUCGGCAACUUGUUUGAGCUUGGACCAUGGCGUGUCGUGUCUUCUCACAAGCAAAACCCUGACCACUUGUCUCUUGAACGCAAUCCAGGUUCUUGGAACCGCUUAUUUGGUCUUCUUUUUCUUGACAAUCCCAUUGGAACAGGGUUUAGUAUUGCAUCAACGCCGCAGGAAAUUCCUAGAGACCAACAUUCUGUUGCCAAGCAUCUUUUUGCUGCGAUUACAAGUUUUAUCUCAUCAGAUCCUUUGUUUAAGUGUCGUCCUAUUUAUAUUACUGGUGAGAGUUAUGCAGGGAAGUAUGUUCCUGCAAUUGGGUAUUAUAUUUUGAAUAAAAAUGUUCAAUUGCCAGUGUCGAAAAGAGUGAACUUGAGAGGUGUUGCUAUAGGUGAUGGGUUAACAGACCCGAUCGUCCAGGUUGCUACUCAUGCUGACAGUGCUUACUAUUCUGGUUUAGUCAACGAGAGGCAAAAGGUGGAACUAGAGGAAGCACAAAGGAAGGCAGUUGAGUUGGUUAAGAUAGGGAACUGGAGUGAGGCAACAGACGCUAGACGCAGGGUCUUGUAUAUGCUGCAAAACAUGACUGGUUUGGCCACUUUGUAUGACUUCACAAAGAAAAAGCCUUACCAGACAAGUUUUGCAACCAGGUUUCUCAACAUAGCUGAGGUAAAGAAAUCAUUAGGAGUGAACGAAUUGAUGGUUUUCGAGGAGUGCAGCGAUGUUGUUGGCGCUGCACUGCAUGAAGAUGUGAUGAAGAGCGUGAAGUACAUGGUGGAAUUCUUGGUGAAGAAGAGCAAGGUGUUGUUGUAUCAAGGGCUGUAUGAUUUAAGGGAUGGUAUAGUGUCAACAGAAGCAUGGGUGAAGACGAUGAAGUGGGAAGGAAUUGAGAAGUUCAUGAUGGCUGAUAGAAUAAUUUGGAAAGUAAAUGAAGACCUUGCAGGGUACGUGCAAAAAUGGGGGAGCUUGACCCAUGUUGUGGUUUUAGGGGCGGGACAUCUUUUGCCCGCCGACCAAGCUUUGAAUUCUCAAGCUAUGAUUGAGGAUUGGGUUCUGGAGAAGGGCCAGUUUGGUGGACAACAAAAAGGUUCAUCAUCAAAUUGCAGGGCAACACUCUGAAUUUUAUUGCUCUGAAAC